GACAGCAGCUGUGGCAAAGACUUAAAUACAGUUUCUAAAGACAUACACAGCAAAGAGUUUUACUGUGUCAAACUUCAGGAAGUGAGUAAAGGAGGUGUAAAUGAAAAGAAAGAGCUAAAGAAUGAGAUUGCUAAAGCUGAUACCAUGAAGUGUAACAUAAAAUCAGAGAAGGCAGAGCAG